UUCGCUGCGGUUCAUCUUCCUCCUCAUCAGCAUCUCUUGAGGCAAGCUGGCAGCGAUGCUCCGAGCCGACCAGGCCGCCGUUGCAGCUCCGUCUGCCGGCCGUCACGCUCACUAGCUCGGGCUCUUCUCUCCGACCCUCCGUCGUCAUGGUGCAGAAAUCCAGGAACGGCGGCGUGUUCCCCGGAGCGCAGGCCGACCAGAAGAAGCUGAAAGUCGGCUUCGUGGGUCUGGAGGCCGGCGGGACGGACUCCAGCAGGGACGGAGCGCUUCUCAUCGCAGCCGAUGAAGGACCUCGGCGUCAGCGCAGCAGCGUGUCGGGGGGCAAGAAGCCCCCUAAGAGGAACGCCCUCUACAGGCGGCUGCAGAACUUCCUUUACAAUGUCCUGGAGCGACCGAGGGGAUGGGCCUUCAUAUACCACGCCUACGUGUUCCUGCUGGUGUUUUCCUGCCUCGUCCUAUCAGUCUUCUCCACCAUCCGCGAGUACGAGAAGAGCUCCGAAGACGCUCUCUACAUCUUGGAAGUGGUGACCAUCGUGGUGUUUGGCGUGGAGUACACGGUCCGCAUCUGGGCGGCGGGUUGCUGCUGUCGGUAUCGAGGCUGGCGAGGACGACUCAAGUUUGCCCGAAAACCCUUUUGCGUCAUCGAUAUCAUGGUCCUGAUCGCGUCCAUCUCGGUGUUGGCGGCGGGCACGCAGGGGAACGUUUUCGCCACCUCUGCCAUCCGCUCGCUUCGCUUCCUUCAGAUUCUGCGUAUGAUCCGAAUGGACCGGCGAGGAGGGACCUGGAAGCUGCUGGGAUCGGUCGUCUAUGCUCACAGCAAGGAACUGAUCACGGCUUGGUACAUCGGCUUCCUGUGCCUGAUCCUGGCUAGCUUCCUGGUGUACUUGGCGGAGAAAGAAGACAAUGAGCAAUUCGAGACAUACGCCGAUGCCCUCUGGUGGGGACUGAUCACGCUGACCACCAUCGGCUAUGGGGACAAGUUCCCCAUCACAUGGAACGGUCGCCUACUAGCGGCCACUUUCACGCUCAUCGGCGUGUCCUUCUUCGCUCUGCCAGCCGGCAUCCUGGGUUCCGGUUUUGCUCUGAAGGUCCAAGAGCAGCACAGGCAAAAACAUUUUGAAAAAAGACGAAACCCAGCGGCUGGACUCAUUCAGGCUGCCUGGAGGGUUUACGCCACCAAUCUGAGUCGAUCCGACCUGACGUCCACGUGGGACUACUAUGAAAGGACCGUAUCCGCCCCCAUGUACAGGUUAAUUCCACCUCUCAACCAGUUGGACCUGCUGAGAAACCUUAAGAACAAAUCCGGACUCUCAUUCAGGAAGGACGUCCAGCAAGAACCUUCUCCGAGUCAGAAAGUGAGUCUGAAGGAGCGAGUCUUCUCAUCGCCUCGCAGUUCUGGAACCAAAGGAAAAGGUUCUCCUCAACACGCGGUCCCGGUUCCUGGAGUACCCGGAGGGGUUCAGGCCCUGCGUCGCUCCCCAAGCUUAGAUCCCAGUCUGGAGGACAGUCCCAGCAAGGUUCCUAAGAGCUGGAGCUUCGGAGAACGUAGCAGAACCAGGCAGGCCUUCAGGAUCCGGGGAGCUGCAUCUCGUCAGAACUCUGAAGUGCUCAUAGAGAUGCAGGACGAAGAGUUCAGACAGAAGAGCUCGCCAGACGCUAGCUUGCCGGGAGAAGACAUGGCCGACGACAACAAGAGCUGCCACUGCGAGUUCGUCCCACAGGAUUUGACCCCGGGGAUCAAGGUCACCAUCCGCGCCGUCUGUAUUAUGCGCUUCAUGGUGUCCAAGAGGAAGUUCAAGGAGAGUCUUCGUCCAUAUGACGUGAUGGACGUGAUCGAACAGUAUUCUGCUGGCCACCUGGACAUGCUAGCACGUAUCAAAAACCUUCAGUGCAGGGUAGACCAAAUUGUGGGCAGAGGUGCGCCAAUGGCAGACAAGGACCGACCGAAAGCCGCGGGCGAAGAGCUACCCGAGGACCCCAGCAUGAUGGGACGUUUGGGAAAGGUGGAGAAGCAGGUUCUGUCCAUGGAGAGAAAGCUGGAUUUUCUUGUUAAUAUCUACAUCCAGCGAAUGGGAAUUCCUCAGACCGAGACGGACGCCUACUUUGGGCCGAAGGAACCGGACCCGGCACCACCAUACCACAGUCCAGUGGAUCAGUUGGAGAAGACCCAAUCCAUUCACAAGAUGAUCCCUCAAGUGUUGCCAGGCGACAACGUUGACAAGAGUCAAUUUGCAAGCAAGAUGGUUCGUUCCAGCAGUUCUACUGCUCCACAGAAUCACAGAGCUGCUACUUGCCCUCCCUCCACCUCCUGGCAGCCAAUCAGCUCCCAACUCCUUCAAAAUACUCCAGCACCUCUGCAACGUAACAGUGGGAACACCCCGAGUCCGGCGGGCGACGGGUCAUUGGUCCGUCUUCCGCCGCCCCCGGCCGGAGAACGCAUAGGCGGGAAUCGGCCUUACCGCCACAGCACAGGAGAGCGGAGCGGUCCCGAAAGGCGCGGCGAGGAAGGAAGUGGGGCCGGAGGUGAAGAAGAAGCCAAGCCCGACAGCGACCGCUCCUUGUCCAUCCCGUCCGUGGACCACGAUGAACUGGAGCACUCCUUUAGCGGGUUCUCCAUCUCGCAGUCCAGGGAGAACAUGGACUUCCUCAACAACGGUUUCUACUCCUCCAGCAACUUGGGGGGGCCGGCAGGUCCCCCCCGCCGCGCUACCGUAAGACCGUACAUCGCUCAAGCGGAGUCGGACUCUGACUCGGAGCUCUGCGCGCCCUCGCCACAUUUGGACCGCGUCUGGCCCGGAACUGAGUAGGCUCCUGUUGAACCAGCAUAGCUCUGAGUAUAAUAAAUAAUCAUAAUUAGCGUUGCACCGAUAUCAGUACCGAUACGGUCCUAAAAUGAUGUCAUCGGUAUCGAGGAGUACUAAGAAUGCUGCGCAAUACGUACUUUUAAAAAUCUAGUUUUCAACCGCUGGUAGCCCUACCUAAGAUGGCCGCCAAUGCACGCCACUCAUGUGGCGUCCAGUCAUCAAUCUGCUGUGAACUUCAGUGAGUUAACCACUACUAGAUGUCUAAUCCAUUUGAAGUGGGAGGGUGGGAGUGAAUAAAUAAUAAUACAUUUCAAAUGGAUUGGACGUCUUUUAACGUAAAUGGAAGACAAUGAUGCUUUGUCAUUGAUGAAAUAAAAAUUGGUCGAGAAAUAAGUUCAUUUUGACUUCAUUUUAAUGUCUUCAUUGAUUGAUGGGAAUGUUGCCCUUACAAACAUGGCCACCUUGAGGCCAUGUUGACAGGGACGAUGAAAGGUGUUCAUGCUUCUGCGGUGAAUUGAAAUGAGUUUAUCACUAGUAGAUGUCCGAUCCAAUUGAAGUGGUAGGUUGGCAGCUACCACCUCAAAUGGAUUGGACGUAUCGCGCCAUAAAUGGCAGUUUAUAGUUAACAUUAGCCUUUGAAUUAAAGGGUAGGGUUGCAAAUUACGGUUUCAAGUCAUGGGGUCGUUUUUUUUUUUUGUUUUGUUUUAAUAUCACCAUUUUCACUUGUUGGAGUCCGAAGCCAUCGGAUUUCAUGGCUGCAUGAAGAGGUGAAAGUUGGUUCUCGUGAAUUCGUGAUGGAUGCUCUCUAGCAGGGCGUCGUCUUCGGGCGGGGCGCCAUCCCUCCCACGAGUCGAUCGGGCGCCCUCGUUGAUGGGUGGAGGCAGACGCUCGGGCUCCGGCGUGUACGUGAAGCUGAAGGCGGUACUGUACAGCACACCGUCGCAGAGACGCCGCAGAGUAAUGGGCACGGUCAGGGCACCGCACCUGACCCCGCCCCCGUGCAAGGCGCACACGUCGGGAACCACGCA